GCUCCCAUCUCCAGGUGCUGCAGUUGAGCCUUUCCGCUCGCCGUACAGGAAUGUGGCGAUCGCAUUACGUCACUUAUCCUGCCAGCAGGCGAGAGGAGCCGCUCCGUCCACCAGGAAUUUGCUCUCUGUUUUUGUUUUGAGCUUUUUAAAGGGUGGGCAGUCGGUGCUUUUUUUUUUUUUUUUUUUGUUCCUUCCUUCUUUGUCGCUGAUGUGUUGAGAGCUGGGUGGAGGUCCGGCAUGUCAACGUGAGGCGGCUCAUGACGGCCCCCCUGCUGCAGAAUGAGACGCUCGUAGACGGAGCCCAAAUCACGACGACGCUCUCGGGAGAGUCGAUGGAGGAACCAGAAGAUAAUUGCUCCUGUGCGGGCUGUGGAGGAAAAAUUCAAGACUCGUUCCAGAUAAAGGUCCUCCAGGACACCUGGCACAACGCCUGCUUUCAAUGCUCCGUGUGCUCCGACAACCUGACCAACUGGUACUAUGAGAAGGACGGCAAGCUGUACUGUCGGAAUCACUACUGGGAGAAGUUCGGGGAGCUCUGCCACGGCUGUUCUCUGCUGAUGACGGGACCGGCCAUGGUGGCCGGAGAACACAAGUACCACCCCGAGUGUUUCGUGUGCCUGAGCUGCAAGGUGGUCAUUGAGGACAGGGACACUUACGCCUUAGUCGAGCGCUCCAAACUCUACUGUGGAAAGUGCUACAAGCAGGAGGUCCUCACGCCCAUGUUGGAGAAGCGCUCGCACGACUCCAUCUUGGACUCGCUGCCCCACACGGUGACGCUCAUCUCCAUGCCGUCCGCUGCCAACGGGAAGAGGGGCUUCUCCGUGUCCGUGCUGAGCGACGUGAACGGCUCGGCGAGCGUUCAGGUCAAAGAGGUCAAAGGGAUGCUUAUAAGUCCGGAGGUGCGAGGUGCCAUCCACGGAGGAGACAGGAUCCUGGAGAUCAAUGGGCUUCCUGUUGGGACGCUGAUGGAGAAAGAGGUGUACGAUCUAAUCCACCACACCAGCCACACGCUGCAGCUGCUGAUAGAGUACGACCCGGUGAGGCAGCGCUUGGAUCGGCUGCGGCUGGGCUCGCCCAGGAACGACACGGGGGUCCCGGCCACGUCCCGCAUGCGCCUGUCCUCGCCGUCCGACACCGUCCUGGAGCGGACGGACGAGGUCGACGACGGCACGCUGAAAAGGAGAUCUAUAAAGCGAAGUAACAGCAUAUGCAAGUCCCCCAACUGCCUCAAGGAGUCGCCGAUAAUCGCCAGAGACAUCGGCCGCUCCGAAUCUCUCAGGUCCUCCAACAGCUGCUCCCACCGCAUUUUCCGGCCGUGUGACCUGAUCCACGGGGAGGUCUUAGGGAAGGGCUUUUUUGGACAGGCGAUCAAGGUGACACACAAAGCCACGGGGGAGGUGAUGGUGAUGAAGGAGCUGAUCCGCUGUGAUGAGGAGACGCAGAAAACCUUCCUAAAGGAGGUCAAAGUGAUGAGAAGUCUGGAUCAUCCACACGUGCUGAAGUUCAUCGGCGUUCUGUACAAAGACAAGAGGCUGAAUCUGAUCACGGAGUUCAUCGAGGGAGGCACGCUGAAGGAUUUCAUCCGGGACAUGGAUGUGUUUCCUUGGCAACAAAGAGUCAGCUUUGCAAAGAGCAUCGCCUCUGGCAUGGCCUACCUUCAUUCGAUGAGCAUCAUCCACAGAGACCUCAAUUCUCACAACUGCCUGGUUAAACUGGACAACACCGUGGUGGUGGCUGAUUUCGGGCUGUCCCGGCUCAUCGUGGAGGAGAAAGUCAAACCUCCUCCAGAGAAACCUUCCACCAAGAAGAGAGUGCUGAGGCGCAGCGACAGGAAGAAGCGCUACACUGUGGUGGGAAACCCUUACUGGAUGGCUCCAGAAAUGCUAAACGGUAAACGCUAUGACGAAAAGGUGGAUAUAUUCUCCUUUGGGAUUGUUCUCUGUGAGAUUAUUGGAAAAGUGUACGCAGACCCCGAGUGCCUCCCCAGGACUAUGGACUUUGGCCUGAACGUCGGCAAGUUUGUGGAGAAGUUUCUCCCUGAAGAUUGUCCUCCAGCUUUCUUUCCCCUGGCGGUGGCCUGCUGCGACCUCACACCGGACAACCGUCCACCUUUCCAGAAGCUGGAGGACUGGUUUAAGGCCCUCGCCCUCAGCCUGGAGCUGGGAAUCCCUCUGCCGCCUGAACUGGAGGAGCUCCAUCAGAGUCUGAGUCAACUGUACUGGUCUAAGGACGCGGUCCUGAGCUCAGAGCAGCCGUCCACCCCAACAGCCGCCUCUCCAGACUGCACCAGCGUGACGGACAACGGCACCUAGGACUCGUGCCUGUCGGACGUGUAACUCGCUCUUUGUGAUGCCUCUUAACUGCUGCACUAAUUCUGUGGAUGGGGGGGAAAAAGAGGGAAACGGUGUUGAACCCGAGCCAUGUUAGAACUGGAUAACCUGAGAUAGCUGGACCAGUUGUCCCUUCAGCGGAGCACAACCCUGUGAGUGCCGGUGAACUGCAGUGAGAAUCAAGAGACACAUUUCAAAUUCACAACUUUUAGUUGCUUUUUUUUUUGUUUUUUUUUGCUACUGUGUUCCUCUUUUUGACAACACAGAGCCGUUCUUAAUGUUUAAAGUUUACUGAACGGUAGCAACCCAGAGGGGCUGUUUCCCUGUGGACAGAGACCUCUAUUAGACGUUCUUGUCCCUAUGUGACAGUAGUUUUAUUUUUCUGGCUCCGAUGCUGUUCGCAGCACGUUGCGAACACAGAUCCAGUCCACACCUUAACGAGGAGUGGCCUUAACAGCAACAAUAAAAGAAAAACAAUGCUGACUGACAGUCAGAUCAGAGCGCAGGUAAGGAUUAUUGACAUGCAGAUUUUAGGAUUUUAAUUUCCUUGUUCUUUAUGAACCUGUCCCUCAGAGCAAAUUUUGCUCCAAGCAGAAAAGACGACUUAUCCUAAAAGUUGAAAAGAUGUCCUCAGAAAGAUAAACUGAUGUUUAAAUUUGUUUGAAAGGUGGUUGGAGUCGAUGCAGUGGGCUUAACUAAGCCUGCCUUUUUGUGGCUUUGCUUAGGCCAAAUGUGGAGGACAAAAAAAAGUCCAGAUUUCAACAACUUCUCUGGGUAAAAUCAAAAUAAAAACUGAUCAUUCUCAAAUAGCCAUAAAGAACGAGUUCCCCAUCAGAUAUUCAGGAUUUAAAAGGCUAAUUUUAAAUAAAUAAGAACAGCUUUGAUAAUAUUUAUCUCCAGCCUUCCAGCUGUUUUCAACUGGUCUGGACUGAUUGAGCUGAAAUUUGGCCAGUUCUGCUUUACAAACUGAUUUCUCAGCACACCUCUAACACAUUUUUACCUUGGACAGCACCACGUUAUUAUUAUUUAGUCGCGUGACCAAACUUCUCUAACUCUGAUCACAUUACAAAAGCAACUUUGGCAGUUAGCAGAUUUUAAACGGGUGUGUAGUUCAAUCAAAACUGUGUAUUACUAGCUCCCUUGGUAAUUUGGUAAUUUUAUUCAGCAUCGACAGCCAGAAAAGCACCAAAAAGACACCCUUAUGUAUGAUAAAUACCAAGUAGGAUGUAGAUGGUUGUAUUUCUAGUCAUAGGUUUCUCUUUUUUUUGCCCAUAGACAGCUGCAGGUCCACAGAGCUCAUCUGUGUUUUUUCCCUGCUUUAACUCAAAAUUUCUCUAGUUUAUCUAUGAACGUUGUGAGAAUGUUUAUUUCUUACUGAUUGUUGCAUUUCACAACCUACUAAAAAGACAAGAAAUUUCACAUAAAAUAGUUACCUGUAAGCCUGAAGCCCUUUGAAUGUUUCUGUGCAGCAUCUUAAGCGAUUACCCCAUAGCCCUUGUUAGUUGUUAGUUGUUGGGUUUUUUUGUUCUAGGAGCUUAAAUGAUGCAGUUAGAAAUGUUCACCAUUGUGAAAAACACACUGCUGACAUUAAGAUGUGCAGAUGUGCCUAAUUACAAAUCAUUUAUAGACCGAAACCAAUUCAUCCGAGCACACAAGAUAAAUUUUUUUUUAAUAUAUUGACUUUUCGCAGCUUGGAUUCAAACCAGAAACCACAAAUCAUUGUCCUUCUAAAUAAACAAAUUUAUAUUUAAUCAAUUGAGGUCACUUUUUUGUUUAUUUGACAUGUAAACUUUUUUUUCUCUUUUUUUCUCCUUUUUGUUAGUUUUUAUUUAUUUAGUUGUUGUUGUUUUUCUAAUAUUGGGAUUUUAUUGAACGGUAUGCUUUUCUUUUAAAGCCUCUGUUCCUAAAAUGUGUAGAUGCCAACAAUGCUGACCUGCACUGUGGGCAAAGCAUGAAGAUAACAUAAAAUAUGUAUGUUCUGAUGCAGAAAAGUUUGUUAGUUUGGAGCAAGACAGUGAAGAUUCAUUUAUUUUCUAACCUUCACUGGUCCCAGUUUUAUUUCUUUGUGGUCUUGUAUUUUUAAAUAUUUUUUUCAGAAUAAUGAAGACUUAAUCAUUUUGUUCUUUUUAACAAAUCAGGACAAAAGGCUUCUGUUGGAUGUUGUGAAACAAUCUCUGUAAAGUGGGACUUGUUUUUUUUUUUUCCUAAGCAAUGUAUAUAAUGUGUGUAUAUAUGAUACCUUGAUUGGAUUUAAUUGUAAUGUUUAGAUUUUUUCUCUUUUCAUGUUAGACAUUUCGUCAGCAUUUUGCGAUUCCCAAAGCAAGGUACUGAAGACCAGUUGUAACCACUUUUAUUUAUAUCCCUGUAGUGUUACGUAAAUAAAACUUCUGAAAGUUGCUUUUUCAAA